GAAGUAGCGGGGCAGUAGACGGAGACGGUGGAGAGAAAGAGUGUCUCUUUUCUUUCUCUUCUUCUUUCUUUUCUUCCUCUGUUUUAUUGUCUCGUGACUUUUUUAAUCUCAUGAUUCGGAGCCAAAACAGAGGAAAAGAAGUAGAAGAAGAAUUCCCGAAACAUUUGCAGGAGCCAUGGACCACAUGAACCACAGCACCAUGGAGAUGGACCACUCCCACCACCAUCACGACACCAUGCCCCCCCCCACCACCAGCGGACACGACCAUGGAGGAGGAGGGCAUGAUGGGAACCAUGGAGGACAUGGAGGAAUGGUGAUGACCUUUUACUUUGGCUACAACAACGUGGAGCUGCUGUUCACCGGGCUGCUCAUCAACUCACCUGGAGAGAUGGUCGGGGCUUGUAUUGGUGUCUUCCUGUUGGCUGUCCUGUACGAGGGGUUAAAGAUCGGCCGUGAGGUGUUGCUGCGUCGCAGUCAGGUCAACGUCCGCUACAACUCAAUGCCGCUCCCUGGGGCUGAUGGGACAGUGCUGAUGGAGACACACAAGACAGUCGGGCAGCGGAUGCUAAGCCCUGCCCACUUCCUGCAGACCCUUUUGCACAUCGUCCAGGUGGUCGUCAGCUACUUCCUGAUGCUCGUCUUCAUGACCUACAAUGGCUACCUGUGCAUCGCCGUGGCAGCCGGCGCCGGCAUGGGCUACUCUCUUCAGCUGGAGGAAGGCGGUGGUCGUUGACAUCACAGAGCAUUGCCAUUAGCUAACAUGUCGGUGUCACGUCAGAGGCUGACGAGCUACAAACCACUAGAAUGUUAGCUGCAAAUUCAGUUAGCGGAUAAAACGAGACACUAAAUUACAAAUGUUACUUUGUAACCAUGGUAACACCUUGUUAGAGGUUAGCGUGCACACUAACGAACAAAUGCAAGUAAGGAUCCUCGUUUUGCAGAAAACGACAGGCACUUAUUGUUGUGUUUUUAGCCAGAACUUAUUUUGCGUGUGAACUCCUGCAGGUGUCCGAGCUGGCCAAUCAAUGCUCGGAUCACCUCAGAGGGUUCUGAUUGGCCAGGUCACGUUCUGUCUUUUAAUUUCUUCUUUUCUGUGCCAUGACAACUGGAAGGUUAGUGCUAGCUGCUGCUAACCAAAGUGUUAGCGCACAUAGCUUACAUACGCUUCUUGUUUUUUAGUUAGGCGCUUGUUAGAACCACCAAUCAAAACACAGUAUUUAAACGUUUGUUUGUUUAGGGUUUAAUUUAUUAGUGAGUCAAUGUUUUACAAAAGUUUUUGUUUAGAUUUUUUUGAUUAUCUGAAAUUGUAAAAAAAAAAAGAAUAUUUUGAUGUUUUUUUGGUUUAAAUUUUUCUUAUCAAUGAAAUAAUGAACCCGUGAGCCACCUCUUUAAUCCAUCAGCCAGAUAACAACUGAAUUUACACAAAAUAAACUUAAAAAUACAAAUUACCCAAAUAUUUUACGUACAAAAAUAUUAGAACUUUUUUUCAUUUAGAUCUUUUGAUUGAACUGAAUCUAAAAUAUAAAUAAAACUUAAAUUAAUCAGCCCAGUUUAUAUUUUGGGAAAAAUCCUUAAGUUACAGAAGUUUAAAUUAAAUUGUAAAAGAAGAAAACAAAAUGUUCAGGAGUUUUUUGACAAAACAUGAGAUUUAGAUUUUUAAAAUUUUAAGCAUAAAAAAAAUCUGAUGUCACACAUGACAUCAAACACUCACCUGCUUCUUGAAUUCAUCAGCCGGUUUAUAUUUAGAGAUAAAUUUCAUGAAUGAGAUUUAGAAAGUCUACUUUUUAUUAAACAGCCAACAUGGCUGCUUCUGUUUCUUCCUGGGCCACCGUCGGCCUUAAACCUGACACCUGUUGCCUUAAAGUGGCUGACGAGUGGAAACGAAGUGCGGACUGGAGGCCAGUGUCUGUUCAACAUGUCUGUCAGCUGAAAACAGGACUCGUCAUUAACCCGGAGGCUCUACUAUUUCUCUCUCUCUGUUUUGUUGUAGUUGUUUGAGUCUGAGGUGAAAUGUUGUUCAUGGAAGCUCAGUUCAGACUGUGAUGACAGCAUGAAUUAUUAGAAAUAACCAAAACUUACUUAGGAAACUUCGGAAUCAGAUUUGGACUGAUUUCUAAGUCCGAUCGUCCUUUGGUUCUGGUCCAGUGGACUUUCACUGAUCUUGUGAUAUAUUGUGAUUUUUCUCCCACUGGAGAAGUGGGCAGAGUUUACUGUAUGGACCAAUGAGAUUGCAGGGAGAAAUGAGUCACUGGAUUUCUGUCUGGGACAAAAUGGUUAAACUAUAUUUUCACUUUUUUGUUUGUUUUUUUCCACACACUUUGUGGCCUACGUGAUCUACAUGUGGUCUACAUACUUUUGGCCACACUGGUGCACACUAAUGUGUUUUGACUAAGGGUGUCCACAUACUUUUGCCCAUGUGUUGUCUGUGUUUCUGGGGUUACAGCAGAUUAAACUUCAGAUUGAAUUUCUCAGUGUGAAUCGACUCAUCUCUGUCUGAUCGGUUGUUGUUGAUAAAUGAAGUUGAUGCUUUCUGAUUAAAACAUGAUGGAAACUGUCUGUGAAGGAAACUUAGACGAAAAUGUGUCUGAAAAUGUUUUAAUUGUUGUCACAAAUGCUGGAAUCAUUCAAAAAACUGUAAUAAAGUUUAUGAUGAAGAAGAA